AUGGCAACGAUUGACCCGAACGAGUCCCCUCCUCCUUACUACUCAAUCGCUGUGCAUGCCCAGCCCCCCCUCAAGUCCUAUGAAGAGGUGGUGUAUGGCGUGGGGCCGGGCCACACCGUCGCCAACCAGCAUUAUGUCCCCCAGUAUGCGCCGCCUGUGGCAGCUACCCAAGUAGCGCAGCUGAACACGCCCCACAGAAGCAGGAGGAGGGGAUGCUGUAAAAGUAACGCCCAGUGUUACGGAGGGUCAGCCGGGUCUUUUCUGUUGUUAGCCUUGCUGGCUGUGGCUAUCUGGGUUGCAGUGCACUUUAGCACCAGGUUGGUGACUCAGUCGUUUAUCAAUAGCAACAACAACAACCAGCAAAAUGGGGGCCCAAGCAACAGCCGACCGCCUUUGAGGAAUGACACUUGCCCUGAGAAUACGACCAUCGAGUGUGAUGGCGUCAGGGACUGCGAGAUGGGCUCUGACGAAAUGGACUGCGUGAGGUUCGCGAGUGUCAACCGUCUGCAGGUUAGGACCGCCGAAGAUGGCCGCUUUCUUCCAGUCUGCUCCAGUGGCUGGAACCAAGACAAUGCCGACCAGACUUGUGCCCAGCUUGGCUUUAGAAGCUCCUUCAUUAGCAAGAAUAUCACAUCCCAGGACUCCCUUGGUUUGAUGGUGACCAACAGAUCGUCUGAAAACAUUCAGGGCACGGUAGAAGUCAGUUCCUCCUGUCCAGACCAAAACAUUGUCUCCCUGCAGUGCGUAGACUGUGGCCGGCAGCAGUCCACAUCUCGCAUCGUCGGAGGCAGCGUUGCACAGAGGGGUCAGUGGCCUUGGCAGUUAUCUCUGCACUUUAGGGGCUCCCAUGUGUGUGGAGGGGUCCUGAUUGCGCCCGAUUUUGUGCUGACUGCCGCCCACUGCUUCCCGGGGGCUGUCCCUUCAAUGCAAUCGCCGCAGUUUUGGCAAGUGUACGGAGGCGCUGUGUCUCUGGAUAAUCUACCUCAGCCCUUCCUGGUUGAGAGUAUCAUACUGAAUGAAAACUACGACAACAGGACCAAUGAUCAGGAUGUCGCUUUGCUCAAGCUGACAGCUCCAGUUGAUUUUGAUGAUGAUGUUCACCCAGCAUGUCUGCCAGUUAGAGAACAGCCAUUUCCUCACGGUACCACGUGUUGGACCUCAGGCUUUGGCACCACCCAGGCGGGAUCAGGUGUUAUCUCGACUGAUCUGAUGGAGGUGACAGUGGACAUCAUCGGCACAGACGUCUGCAACAACCCUCAGGUGUACGCUGGAGCUGUGACUGCCAACAUGAUCUGUGCUGGACACCUGGAUGGAGGACGAGAUUCCUGUCAGGGCGACAGUGGUGGGCCUUUGGUGUGUCAGACUGAUGACCUGUGGUACCUGGUAGGCAUCACCAGCUGGGGGGCUGGCUGUGCUCAGACAAACAGGCCGGGGGUUUACACCAGAGUCAGCAAUGUUCUUCCUUGGAUCUACACCAACAUGCAGCAUGAAAGGCCUUAAUGUCACUUCUUGCUGCCGGCUGGCUGUCUGGUUUCCCCUCGUCUGCAUUGAACUCUGCACUGUGAAGCUGUCUUCCAACAAAGAUGGAUGGACCAAUGAGGGGACGCUCCAGACAAGAAAAGACAGAUGGAUUAAAGGUUGCUAAUGUUGGAGACGGAGGGGAUGAGGCAAGAUGUACAAGUAGUACCAAAUGUCAUGUUUACAGCCCUGUGUUGAUUCAUCUAUUGCCUGUGCACUAAUUCCUUACUCUGAUAUCACUAAUCUAAUGUGUGAGAUGCCAAACUGCAACAGUGGAACCUCUAUAGUGGAACUAGGAAUUUGAUCACAUCUAUUUAGAUUUUGUUUUGGCUUUUUGUGGCUUCUUUUUUUAAAUUUUCAACACGUAUUCCAAAAAGAAGUGCAGACGACUCUUAUCAAGGCAGCAUGACUCGGACUUCACAAAAAAUGAGGUGUGGUGCAUCUGUGAUGUAAAUCACCUUCGCAGUACACCGUUUGUCAUUGAAAUUCAAGCUGUUUUUUUUUGUUAUUAUUUAUACAUGUUACAGGGGUUAACUUAUUUUUACACUUGCACAGAAAUGAAUACUAAACAAUGAGAUGUGUGAGUUGUACCUGCAAAUGAAAUCACUUUUAUUAUAAGUAGAGAUGUCCGAUAAUGGCUUUUUUGCCGAUAUCCGAUAUUCCAAUAUUGUCCAACUCUUAAUUACCGAUUCCGAUAUCAACCGGUACCGAUAAUAUACAGUCGUGGAAUUAACACAUUAUUAUGCCUAGUUUUGUUGUGAUGCCCCGCUGGAUGCAUUAAACAAUGUAACAAGGUUUUCCAAAAUAAAUCAACUCAAGUCAUGGAAAAAAAAUGCCAACAUGGCACUGCCAUAUUUAUUAUUGAAGUCACAAAGUGCAUUAAUUUUUUUUAACAUGCCUCAAAACAGUAGCUUGGAAUUUGGGACAUGCUCUCCCUGAGAGAACAUGAGGAGGUUGAGGUUGGGGGGAGGAGGGGGUAGCGGGGGAUGUAUAUUGUAGCGUCCCGGAAGAGUUAGUGCUGCAAGGGGUUCUGGGUAUUUGUUCUGUUGUGUUUAUGUUGUGUAACGGUGCGGAUGUUCUCCCGAAAUGUGUUUGUCAUUCUUGUUUGGUGUGGGUUCACAGUGUGGCGCAUAUUUGUAACAGUGUUAAAGUUGUUUAUACGGCCACUCUCAGUGUGACCUGUAUGGCUGUUGACCAAGUAUGAUUUGCAUUCACUUGUUGUGUGUGAAAAGCCGUAGAUAUUAUGUGAAUGCCUUUAAGGGUUAUUGGCGCUCUGUACUUCUCCCUACGUCCGUGUACCACUCCGUACAGCGGUGUUUUAAAAAGUCAUACAUUUUACUUUUUAAAACCGAUUCCGAUAAUUUCCGAACCGAUCCCGAUAAUUUCCGAUAUUACGUUUUAAAGCACUUAUCGGCCGAUAAUAUCGGCAGCCCGAUAUUAUCGGACAUCUCUAGCUAAAACAUUGGAUUUGUGUCAUGCAUCUGUGAAGACAUCUUUACAAUACACCUGUGUCAUUUAAGUUAAGGCACUCUUAUAACAUUUUUUAGUUUCUUUUUACAUUUUUACCGUUUGUUAUUACAGUUAAAGCGUGGUUACAGGGGUUAACUUCUUUUCUCUUACAUUUAAAAUCAAAAUUGUUACAAGGCGAGCGCCUCUCUGACACACCUCAUUGAUACUGUGCCUUCAUCGUUAAUCACUGAGGUUAAGCAUGAGUGUUAAUGUUUUGAAUAUGAUUGAUCAUAAUUCUUUAUAUAUAAUAUACUUAGCGGUGCUUUACAAAAUCAACUUUUUAAGACGUGGAUUUUAAAAAUGUUGCCUGCUAAUCUAACGCUUGUGUGAUGGCUACAGCUUGAUCCUGGAACAGACCAUUUUUUUACUAUUUCCUAAGGCAUGGGUGUCAAACGUAAGGCCCGAGGGCCGGAUCAGGCGCCCGAACAGGUUUUAACUGGCCCCCGAGACGAGUUUGCUAAGUAUAAAAAUCAACCUGAAAUUUUUGAAUGAAAGAAAAAGCUGUUCUAAAUGUGUCCACUAGAUGUCGCAAUAGCUAUUAUUUGUAUCUUUGUAUAUGAUGCUACAUAUGUACAAAAUAAACCACAUGAUGUUAGUGCAGCAGUCAAGGAAAAUUAACAAACUACAUAAAUAACAUUUUGUAAUUUGAUGUUGAUAUAAUUUUUUUUAUCUUGAUAGAUUGAAAAUCAACACCAAUGAGUUGACUGGUGAACAUCAUUACAUCAUUUACUCAGAAAAUAUAAAUAACGACAAAUAAAGAUGCAAUGCUAUUAACUGCAAGAUGUACCAUAUUUUUCUGAUUAUAAAUCACAGUUUUUUUUCAUAGUUUAGCGACUUAUGUGUGAAAUUAUUAACACAUUACCGUAAAAUAUCAAAUAAUAUUAUUUGUCUCAUUCACGUAAGAGACUAGACGUAUAUCAGCAAUCGUCUCACACACACACACGUCAACCAAUACAAAUUCGGCGGGGGCGGGUCAUGGCAGAAGUGCAUUGUGAAAAAAAAGAUGCGACCUGCUAUUCCGUACCUAUGAAAAUUGAUCAGGAGUGACAGAUUGUUUUGGUAAACGUAUAGUAUGUUCUAUAUGUUAUAGUUAUUUGAAUGACUCUUAACCUAAUAUGUUACGUUAACAUACCAGGCACGUUCUCAGUUGGUUAUUUAUGCGUCAUAUAACGUACACUUAUUCAACCUGUUCACUAUUCUUUAUUUAUUUUAAAUUGCCUUUCAAAUGUCUAUUCUUGGUGUUGGGUUUUAUCAAAUACAUUUCCCCAAAAAAUGAGACUCAUACUCCAGUGCGACUUAUAUAUGUUUUUUUCCUUCUUUAUUAUGCAUUUUCGGCCGGUGCGACUAAUACUCCGGAGCGACUUAUACUCCGAAAAAUACAGUUUAUGAUUUGCCUGAGAAUCUGGACAGGACCAAAAAAAAAAAAAAAAGACAAAAAAAAAAAAGACAAAUGGCUAUUUUAAUAACAUGCAACAAACAAAAUAUCUGUUAGCAUGGUUUUACAGCAGGGGUCUCAAACUCAAUUUACCUGGGGGCCACUGGAUGCAGAAACUGGGUGAAGCUGGGCCGCAAGAAAAGAUUUCUUAAAAAAAAUCUAACAUGCACGCCCUAGCAACCAUCUCACUCACCAUGUAGCUAGUUUUGACUGCUGCAUCGCUCUUUUCGGUUGCUUUCUUGAAGAAAUCUUGUUACCUCAGUAGACUGGUUUUAAAAUGUGCAACCUGGUUCACUCUCUCAUCUCCCUGGUAUUUUGCAUACUCCUCAGCAUGUCUAGUUGUAUAAUGACCUUUCAAAUUGUAUUCCUUGUGCACCGCAACUUUCUCUGUGCAAAUAAGACAUGUCGGGGUGCUCCUGUGCUCAACAAAGAAAUAUUGCAUCUCCCACUUUUCCUGGAAUUGUCUUUGCUCAUCACUAACCUUUCUCUUCACUGCAGGCUUUGAAAAAUACAUGUUUGGGGUUGUGGAAUAUAUUUGUAUUUAGCCGACGUUCUCAGUUGGUUAUUAAUGCGUCAUAUAAGGUACACUUAUUCAGCCUGUUGUUCACUAUUCUUUAUUUAUUUAAAAUUGCCUUUCAAAUGUCUAUUCUUGGUGUUGGAUUUUAUCAAAUAAAUUUCCCCAUAAAAUGCGACUUAUACUCUAGUGCGACUUAUAUGUUUUUUCCUUCUUUAUUAUGCAUUUUCGGCUGGUGCGAUUUAUACUCCGGAGCGAUUUAUAUUCCGAAAAAUACGGUAAGUGUAAAAAAAACCAAAAAAAUGCAUCAUGAUUUGUACAUUUUCAGAAUGUGCUUGUUCUAUUUUUAAACAAAGAAAACAAUCUGAAGUUGUCUUUAUUUUUAAGUUAUUGUGCCGUGAUUUUACCAGUCCGGCCCACUUGGGAGUAGAUUUUUCUCCAUGUGGCCCCCGAUUUAAAAUGUCCUAAGGGGAAAUCCACUAUAGAUGUUCCACUGCAAUAAAUACACAUUCAUAGAGAUGCCGCCACAUAUCUGACUUAAAACUAUAAAGGGCACUUUAUUAUAUGUGUCGAGCAUUACUAAUUAUGAUAUGUACACUGUGAUUUUUUCAAAUAUAUAUAUAAAUCAAAUGUCAUAUUUAUGAACACAUUUUUCCGGGUGAUUAAAUGUCCAAAUAUGAAUAAAUGUU